AAGCAUAAUUAGAAGAAAAGCUUCAACAAUCCAAGCAAAUGAAGAUCGAUUGAUAAUUCAUCCAGAAUUUUUUCCCCUCUUUCAGGGCCAGCUCCAGACGCGGAAAGAAUGUCGGAGAGGCCCGCGGAUGACGUCAGAGAAGAGCCGCUUCGAGCGGCAACGGCUGCGGCGGGUAGAGCGGUGGCGGCGGCGGCGGCCACCAGGCAGCCGAGGCAGCGAAUCCGGCCGGGAGGGAGUAGCGGCGGUAACCGCAGCAGCAGCAGCAUCGCCACCACCACCACCACCACCAUCAUCACCACUACCACCACCACCACCACCCGCCACCAGCAGCACUUCCAUCUCCGUAGAAGCAAUGGCGACUUUCGGAGAGCGUCGGUCUCUGCCCAGUCCCGAAGCGAUGAUCGGACAGCCCUGGAACCACUGGGUAGAGGCUGCAAAACUUCAUGGGAAUGAAGGGAUUGGACCGGGAACCGAAUUGGAAGAAAGUUUCAAGGAGGUUGGGAAAAAUCGCGAAGCAAUGCGGCUCAGCAAAGAAGAUAUGCCUAUAUUUGGUCUCUGCCCAGCCCACGAUGAUUUCUAUUUGGUGAUGUGUAACCACUGUAAUCAGGUCAUAAAACCACAGGCAUUUCAAUCACAUUAUGAAAGAAGACAUAGCUCCUCCAGCAAGUCCUCUUUGAUUAGUCCAUCUUCUUCAGUAUUUUCCAUCUUUUCUUCACUGUCUUCAAAAAGCAAAGGUAGCAGUGCAAGUGGAAGUAGUCGCUCAUGCAGUGGAGGUAUUAUUAGUGCAUCGUUAUCAUCAUCCAAUUCCAAGUUGUUGAAAUCACCCAAAGAAAAGCUGCAGCUCAGUGGAAACAAUAGGCCAAUGCAUCCUAUGCAGCAUAGCAAAAUUUCCCAUGAUAAAAUCGUGACACCAUCAGUCAAAGUGGAAAAGAUGCAUCCAAAGAUAGAUGGUGCACUACUGAAAACUGCUGUUGGUUCAACUUUUUCUACUACUGUGAGUUCCUCAAUAAAGACUGGCCUUAAUUGUCCCUCAAUACCAAAGCCACCCUUGCCUUCCCCUGGACAGAUAUUGAAUGGUAAAGGUCUUCACCCUACACCUUCAGUUUUGGAAAAGAAGCCAGAAGAUCAUUCAAAUAACAGGAAGUUUUUACAUAAAAGAUUAUCAGAGAGAGAAUUUGAUCCUGAUAUCUACUGUGGUGUCGUUGAUGUGGAAACCAAGAAACCAUGCACUAGGUCUUUGACAUGCAAGACACAUUCCUUAACCCAGAGGAGAGCUGUGCAGGGCCGAAGAAAGCGAUUUGAUGUAUUGUUAGCCGAGCACAAAAGUAAAACCAGGGAAAAGGAAUUGCUUCGACAUUCGGACCAGCAGCAGCAGCAGCAGCAGCAGCAGAUGCCACCUCUCAGGGAACCACAUCCCUCCCCUUCUAAGACGUCACAAGAGCUGCACCCAAAUGCUCACGGAGUGAUUCCUUCCGAAUCAAAGCCUUUAGUACCUAACAAACCCAAGCCUCAUAACCCCAGUCUUCCACGGCCCCCAGGCUGUUCAUCUCAAUACAGUGGGAACAUCCCUACUGACUCUCCAUCAGUCCAUGAAUCUCCCCAUCCUCCCAUGCCUGCCACUGAACCAGGGUCUCGGAUAUCCAGUGAUGAGGGAGAAGGUGAUGAAAAAGGUGAUGAAAAAGAAGAGCCUGUUGAAAAACUGGAUUGUCUUUAUGCUGAUCAUCACCCUCAGCCAGCAUCUUUUUGCACAUUUGGGAGUCAACAGAUUGGAAGAGGUUACUAUGUGUUUGAUAAGAAGUGGAACCAUAUCCGAUGUGCCCUUAACUCCAUGGUAGACAAGCAUCUCAACGCCCAGAUGUGGAAGAAAAUUCCUCCAGCACCUAGUAAUGCCGCCUCCGUACGGGUUCCUCACCGGACAAAUCUCAUGCCGAUGUCUCAGUGUGGUGUCAGCACCCCAGGUUCUCUUUCAUCGUCCACAGUUGCAUCAUUUCCAGGGCUGAUUUCCCCAUCCUGUGUCUCUCUGAAUAGCAAAUCGAUGCCACCACAUGGAACUACACUAAGUGCAUAUCCUGCUGCUUUGAGUGCAAUGGAUCCUGUGUGCAGUAUGCAAUCAAGACAAGUGUCUUCAUCCCCCACAACACCUUCAGUGCUUUCCUCAGUACCUUCACCUAUGUCCAGAAAACCUCAAAAACUGAAAUCCAGCAAGUCUUUUAAACCUAAGGAGUCUGCUGGUAGCAGUACUGACUGUAACAGUACCAGUAGUAGCAGUAGCGGCUCAGGAAAGAAGCGCAAAAGCAGUACCCUGUUGUUAGCACAUUCUUCUUCCUCUUCUUCUCAUUCCACAGAGUCCUUUAGGAAAAACUGUGUGGUGAACUCUGGAAACUCUGGGACCUCCUACCAUUCUUCAGUGACAUCUUCGUCCCAUAACGUUGGUCUCAAUUGUAUGACUAAUCGCGCUAACUCUGUUAGCCUUAGACAUGACCAAUCAGGGAGGGGCCCUGCCGAAUCGAUUAAGAGGAUGAGUGUGAUGGUGAACAGUAGUGAUUCCACGCUUUCCUUGGGGCCGUUUGUUCAUCAGUCCAGUGAACUGACUGUCAAUUCGCACAGCGGUUAUUCCCAUUCACAUACUCCUGUAGACAAACUCGUAGGAAAGAAAAGAAAAGGCUCACCCAGUUCAAGCAGCAUCAACAACAGUAGCAAAACCCACAAGGUUGCCAAAUUGCCAUCUAUGAACAAUGUUCACCCGAAACACAGUGGCGCCAUCCCAGGGACACAAGGACUGACUAACAAUUCUCUUCUUCAUCAGCCAAAGGCACGGCCAUAGCAGCUGGAAAUACCACAGUGAGAAAAGAACUGGACAGUUUUCACUACAAGUAAAACCUCUAUCUGGCACUCUGGAC